UGUAGUCCCCGCCUUUUCCGUUUUGUGCGUCAUGGCGUCCUCACGGCUGGAAAUCAAUUUUGUAAGGCUUAUGUCUCGUUGUGAGUCGAUAGCGUCUGAAAAGCGUUCUGAGACGGAGUGGAGGCUAGAAAAGUAUGUUGCUGCCCUUGAAGAAAUGCUCCUUGCUUUGAAGAAAAGCUCCAGGUAUGACCACAGCUGCUCUGAUGUACUUGUUAGCUUUCCGUUUUGUGUUCUACAGAGGAUGAAUUACAAACCUGUCCCUGAGGUCCUGACUGAUUACACAAGGAAGGUGGAUUUUCUCAAAGGCCUUCUGGAGGCUGAAAAACUGGUUUCUCCAACAGAAAAGGCGCUUGCUAACCAGUUUCUAGCACCAGGGAGAAACCCAACUAUGGCAAGUGAGAAGACUCUUACAAGCAAGACUGUGCACCUGCAGACCAAGGCAAGAUGUACAGGAGAGAUGAGGAAUGAACUUCUUGGAAUGGCAACAUCUGCAGCUGAUAUUAAAGAAACUGACUUGAGGAACAGAAGGGGAGUUGUGCUUGAUGAGAAGCAGUCAACAGCUGACUUGGACAUGGUCCUAAAGCAACAUCAAAAUACACAGGAGAAGCUGGCUGAGGAGAUGGUCAGUUUGGCCCGUAAUCUCAAAAACAACUCUUUGGCCACACAGAAUGUCAUCAAACAGGACAAUCAGACGCUGAAGCACUCCAUUCGGCUUGCAGACCUGAACUUUGAGAAACUAAAAGCUGAAUCAGAGCGGCUAGAGCAGCACACAAAAAAAUCUGUCAACUGGGUCUUAUGGGUGAUGCUGAUUAUAGUUUGCUUCAUCUUUAUCAGUAUGAUUCUAUUCAUACGGAUAUUUCCAAAGUUAAGGUGAUGCUGGGAUUGGCAAGUAAACAAACCUUCAGAAACUUAAUACUGUCAUGAAUGGCUUCUGAUUUUUGGAGCUGCUUGACGUUUCUCGAUAGAUGCUUUUUCUUCUGUGGAUAUGUAACUGUUCUCCCACAGGUAAACCUGUUGCAAAAAUAAUUUGGAAUUGUUUUGCUGGGAAAUUAUCUUUGACAAGAGAAAAGUAUGAAGGAAGACUGAUUGACAAUACUGUCCCCUCAUAUCAUCUUGCUGUGCCCCAGGGUAAAAUUGUAAUAAUAAUUCAAGAAUGGAACCCUGAAGCAAAUCCUACAAAGACUCCGAGCUGUUCCGUAAAUGCAGCAAAUACAGUACCCCAUGUUUCUGAGUUCACCUUCUUUCUGUCCUGUCCGGCUUUUUUGGUUUUGCUUAGAAAGGAUGGGUUUUUGAGAGUGUACAGGAUAGGACCAUUCUGUACUGGCCAUAUUCUCUCAAGGCUGUUGUUUUGACACACUGUCUUAAUUGUUCUGCCAUACCACACUAAUUGAUAAGACUCCUUGUUUACAAAUAUUUUCGCUGGCUUUUUUUAUUUUUUAAAAACAGCAGCAUGGCGCCUCAGAGAGACUGUCUUUUAUGAUAAUGCAUCCUUCUACCAAGGACAAGUGAAAGAAUUGGAUGUGUGGGGUUGUGUGACUCAAUUUCUUUUGUAUUUAAAUGGUUGCAAGCAGCGCAGCCUAGCAUUGCACCCUCAUUUGAUCAUCUGUCAGUUUGAUUUCAAAUAGACAGUCGUCUUCUAUACUGGUUUUUCCUAAUAUCUGCCAAAGAGUGAGAUAGGAAGGCAAGCUUGCAUGAUGGAUGGUUAGGUGAGAGGAGGUCUGUCGCUUUUUAUAUGUUACAACAACUAAUCAGUCUCUGAAUAAAUCUGGAUUUAUUUAUUAUUAUUAAAUUGGGGUUGUCUUAGGAGCUAAAAUACAAAAACUGAUGCCUAUAAAGGAGUAAAACAUCUGAGCAGCUUCCAUAUUUACUCACACCAUGCCACUUUACAGUUGCCAGAUAGCUUAAUCAGGGCACGUGUAAGGAUGUGAGAGGGAAAACUCAUACAGGCAUUGGGUUCUUGGGGUGAAGGUGGGGGUGUGUUUGAGAAGAAUGUGCAAGCUCCACAGAGAUACAGGCCCGGACACAACUUUGCAACUGUGAGGCAGUGGGGGCUAACCUCCUUGCUGCUGUAUUGCUGGACUCCUUCAUACAUACUCCCCAACCCCGGGCCCCAAAGAGUUUAAAUAAAACUUACUAGUAAACAAAACCCUUCCUAAGAGUAAGCCAUUUGACCCAUCAAGCUUGUUUGUGUGCUAAGAACAUGUGAGAGCUGUGCAGUUUGUCAGUACACCGUGGCCACGUAACCUGUUAGGUAUUUCUAAACAUCCAAUGCAGAAACUGGUCCCUUAUUUUAGUGUUAAAUGAACAUGCUAUCUUACCUUGCUUGUGCCCACUAUUAAAUACAUCUGAAGAAUUAUUUAUUUAUUUUUGUUGAUUUGUACUUAAGAAUUCAAACACUUGCGUAAGCACCAUGUAAUCUUCUCUGCUCAAACUUUAAAUGCAUUAAUUCAUCUUGUUUGUCUGAGUAUGGGGCUUCAUAGCCAUGUGGUUCCAGAGUGCUUAUUUAACAAUCAUAUGUGGAACUACUACCAAUACUUAUUGAAUAAUAUUGAAUAACUGCACAUCUAGAAUCCAAUUCAUAAAAUACUUGUAAAGCCAAGCUACCCAUACUUUGUAAUAAAUAAAUACUAAACAAAUGUCUAAUCUAACCUUCCCUUAUUGACAACACUACUGCCUUGCUUCUGGAGUAAUUCUGGGAGCCCCUGUCAUGUGUUCAGGUUUUGCGUGAGUAGUGGAACAAUCAAACCUUCUCCUUUUAGUGCAUUGUGAUUUAAAAAGGCUCCAAGCAAUGAGUCACUGUUUAUAUAAGACUUGGUUUAUCCUGUCAGAAUGAAUUGAAGUAACACAGUCCUUGGGAAAUCAGCUGGAGGGGGUGUGUACAUCUCUAUUAAUGAAAAAUGGUGCAACAAUUACGUCAUCAAGAAUUCCUUUUACAGAAAAGGCAUUGAGAUUAGUAUAUUGUGUGUUACCAUUCUGGCUUGCUAGGAAGUUCAGCUAAAUGAUAUAUGUGACUAUUUGUAGAUUUAGGUAAAAUUAUCACAUCUAUUUAUAUUUUAAUAAUACUUCAGUAAUACUAUAUACUUAAGUAACUUCACUCCAGCAUAAGGUGUUACCUUUUCUCCAAACCAUGUUCAAUACGAUUAUCUGUGUUAAAAGUAAGUUAUCUGUUUACUAUAUACCAUAUUGAUAGGAGUGAAAUACAGUGCAUUUAAUUAUCAUUCCAGAAUCCCCUGUGAAUGUUUAUUUUUCAUGUUUGAUUAUGUGAUUUGAGGACAUACAGCAUUGUUAUUUUUAAGCACAAACUCUUACCAACAAGAAAGAAAUGCAGUAUCAUAGGAAGAAGGUGACCCCUUACUAGCACAAAGUUUAUAUUGUGAUUGUCUUUUCCUUCUGUGGACCUUGCACUCUAUUGCAACUCUCAGGAUUGUUUUAGGUAUUCUCUAUACAUGAAGGCAACAAAAGGAUAUAAUUGGUGGGAAACAGAGGCAUAUUCCAUUAUUUAUUUCGAUUUUCAUAAAAAUGUUUGUAUGGUACCACGUGAAAAUCUAGGCAUCAAACUAAAAAGUGGGAACUUGGAAAAUUGUGUAGAUGGGUACACAAUUGUCUCAAAGGAUUAUGGUGAGGGGAACCUUAUUAAAAUUGGGUGAUGUUAAAAGUGGUCUCCCGUUGGGAUCAGGGCUGCAGCCACUACUCUUUUUUUUUUUUUUUUUUUUUUUUAAAUAGACCUAAAUAAUCUGGAUUGUAUUAUAAACAAAAGUGAGUUAAAUUUGCAGAUUAUGCCAAACUAGGCAGAUUUGCAAAUAAUCUAAAAUCGACUGAAACCUUGCAAAGUAAUUAGAAAGAAUUAAAGCUUUGACAGCAUUGUAAUAGAUGAUAUUUAAAGUAAGUAAAUGCAAGGUAUUACACAUCGGAAGUAAAAAUGUUAGAUUUGUAUAAAGAAUGGGAAGUGUGAAACAUAAAAGUAUAAAUUGUGAAAAGAACCUAGGAAUCCUAUAGGACUCAUCACUGUCUACAUCUGGACACUGUAAAGAAGGCAUUAAAAAAGCUUCUAGGAUGUUGGGUUAUAUAUCACAAGAUGUGCAGUAGAAGACAAAGGAGGUUAUGAUUAAGCCGUAUAACACUGUUGAGUACUCAUACUCCUGGCAUACUAUGUGCAGAUUUUUGGUCUUGAGGCUACAAGAUAGAUAUAACCGUCCUACAAAAAGACCUCAGAAGAGUGAUUAGGUUGAUUCCAAGACUGCCCUGUAUGAGUUGUGAUAGAAGAUUGAAGGAGUUGAACAGCUUUAAUUUAAGCAGAUGGCGAUCAAGAGGUAACGUGGUUAACAUUUUUCAAAGUUAUGAAAAGAAUGAAUACAUUGGAUCCCAGCUGUUACUUUAAAAUGACAUCUUCAACAAGAACACAGACGCACGGAUGUAAACUCGUUAAGUGUGAAGCUUGCACAAACAUUAGAACGUUUUUUUUCUUCAAUCACAGAGCCACCGACACAUGAAAUAAAUUACAAAGUCGUUUGUUAGACAGUAGGACUUUAAAAACUUUAAUAUUGUUUUGGAGAGCAAACUUUGAAUGACCUGUCCUUGUCAAUAUUGUUCUAAUGUUUGUGCCCUGAUAGCUUUAUCGAGAACAUAGUGAAGAAUAUUCACGUUAGAAAUUCUCUAAUUUAUCUUUGCAUCACUUUGCCUGUUGUAAAUGUACAUUGUCUCAUGUAAUGAAGGCAUUGUGUUCUCUGCACCCUGACUGAUGAUUUGAGUUUUUAGUGGACUUUUCCAUUUGAUGUAAUUUUGCACACAUUACACUUCUGAAGUACAGCAUAUUUCCUGAUAUGAAUUCCUUGACAACAUCAACUUAGAAAAUUAUUUUUUUAAAUGUAAAAACUUACAACUCUUAACUGUCACAGAUGCCACAGCCAACAAUUGAAAAGUCACUUAGACAUUUUAGUGUCAUGGGAGGUUAAUAUUUGCGUCAUCAUGAGACACUGACCCUUUGUCUGGUAUCACAUUCAAGGCUCUGAUUAAAAGUUAGUGGUGCUGUUUUUGGCAGCCUCCCACCUAGCCAGCCAGGAAGGAGGUUGACACUCCUUAACUGGAGACCUCACCUUCCCUGUUCUGUUAUGGAAACCAGUUUGUUAUGAGAGAAGCAGCUAAAAUGACAGUAUUGCAGGUUUUUCCUUGGAGCUCUUUUUAUAUCAGAGGAAGGUCAAGCAGGAGUCAUUUACUGGCAAGUCUGUGAUGGGGUUAUAGAGUGCAGGGGAUGUCAUGUAGAUUGUACUGCUGGUUGUUACUAUCACAUGAAGCUCAAUCAAAAAUCACUUAAUUGCUAUGGCAGUGUUGUGUUUUUUUGUUUUUUUUUUUUUCCCAAACAAUACCGAAAGAUCCUGAAUGGAUAAGACUUUUAAACAUAUUAAAUAAUGAUAUAAAAUGUAUAUAUUUAUAAAAUAUUGUGAUGUCCAAGAUGUGGACAUACAAAAAAUUCCUUAUUUAAUCAUCAAAUUAUGAUAAUUCCUUGGGGUUUUCCUUAAUUAUAGUAAAUAGUUGAUGACCCGCUCAAACUUCAGUGUUUGCUCUUUAGGUAUGCCAAUAAAUAUUUCCUUUAAGGAUGGAUGUUUACCCCUGAAAUGAGGUCCUUUUUUCAUGGUAGGACCUUUUAUUGAAGAUAUUAAAAAUUGUUGGAGGGGCCUUUUUUUCCCCCACUUGCAUUACAAGUCAUUUGUACCAGUGUUUAUUUUCUGAUUUAUUCUUCAGUAUCGACCGUAUGCCUCCUACCUCUACUUCAAUGUUCAUCAACUCUUGCUGUCAAUCUACUUCUAACUGCCUUUAGCCGAUGUAGUAUUACAUGACUUUGUGUCACUGGAUAUGUCAGACUUGUCCACUAUACUGUAGUUGCUGAACUCACUGCAGCUCCAUGUCCAUUUAAACAACUGAAAAUUGCUGGCCAUGCCAGUGUUGUACGACAUUCUCUUUUGUUUGCACUGGCAUUUAUUUCUCGUCACUCCGUUAUAUAAUAUUGCAUUUCUGGAUGAGCAUUGGUUGGUUGUCAGAUGCGCACAGAGCUCACCUCUGUGACUAAAGACCAAAUCACGGAGUCUCUGGGCAUGUCACUCUAUUGCCUCCUAUUAUGUAAAAGAAGGUUACAACUGUGACAUGGCCUCUCAACAUUUGUGUGCCUCUUACUUUGUUCUCACUUGGUGUUUGCUGCUGCUGCCUCACUGUUCCAGAGUCCUAGAUUAAAAUUCCUGUCCUGAGCAUUUCCUCUAGAGACUUUGCUCUCCCCAUGUCUAUGUAUAUUUUCCUCCCACAUCCCAAAGACCGUUGGUAGAUUUGCUGACUUUAUAUCGACUGUAUCCAACUGUGUGAAUUUGCUAAGUUAUGAACGGGUUGCCAGCCCAGGGUUGGUUCAUGCCUUGACAGCCAUGAAUUGGAGAAGUGGGUCUGAAAAUGGAUGCAUUUUUUAUUUUUUGUCCAUUUGUUGUUUGUGUAUUCGCCUGUGAUGAUGUAUUUUAUGUGAGGUACCCUGUAUUGCAUUUUUUAUCAUAUUUUUUAUCUUAACCGCUCCAGAAUUAUUGGCACCCCUAAAGGUGGGUAAAAACAAACAUAUAAAAUAACCAAUACCUAUAAUAAUUCAGAGAUUCCUAAAAGAUCUUGGAGAGAUUUCUUACAGUAUCUAAUUAUAAUCAUUCCUAUGCAAACAUUGUUUUAGUUAGAGAAUAGUGUAUUUUUUCAAGAACAUAGGGGGCAGAAAUACUGACAUCCCUAAAGAAUACCUUUAAAUAAGACCAAAUAAACAUGCUUCCUUUUAUUGCUCCUGUUA